AUGUCACAAAGUAGUGUUCAUGGUAGUCAAGAAGAGGUUGAAGUUGCUGUAUUCAAAAAAUCCAAAACCAAAAGUAAGAAUGGUACUAAAAGAAUAUUAGAAGUGCCACCAUUCAAUCCUUCCGUACCAUUUUCUUCAAAUGAUAUUGAGUUAAUUCAACACAAUAAUUUGGAAAAACUUUCUAAACCCCAAAUUGCAGAAAUCAUCAUUGCUACCAAUACCAAUGUUUCUUUUUUGAAUUCCUUAAAUGUUUCACAACUAAAUGGACUGAAAGAUAUAAAACAUUACAUGAAUAAGACUAUCACAGUUCCAGUACUUCAUAAGCUUAACCAAGAAAUUGUGACUCACAUUGUUCCUAUCUUGCUAAAAGAUGAUGUUUCAUUCUCUUCCAAAAAGAGAAAAAGCAAUCCACAACCAAAAGAGCAUAAAAAUGAAGCAAGCUCAUCCAAAUUAAGUGAUACUACUCCAUCUCAAUUCCAAUCUAAAGACUUGAAAAAGGUUGAUGGAAACAUGUUAUCAAUUACCGAAGAUGAAAAUGUUGCACUAUUCCAUAAAGAUGAUGAUGGAAAAUUAUUCUAUGUAGGAAAAGCUGUAUGUGUUAAAGAUCUUGGUGAAAGUUUAGUUGUUGAAAUUAUAGAAUUGGAAAUGAACUUUACUUCUAAAUUCCAAAUAUUGACAGAAUAUGAGUGGCCAAAAGUUAAAUUAUGCAAAUUCACAUAUUACUCACCUUCCAAACUUUCUGUAUCUGAAAUCAAACAGAAAAAGAAUAAUUUCUCUAUGAGAGAAUUGGAAUCCAAUGUCAGUGAAACAGUGAUUAAUGAAAUGGAACAACUACGAGUUAAACUGGCAAAUGCAGAGCUAGAGUUAAAAAAAGCCAAGUCAGAAUUGAAUGAAGCAAACAGAAAAAUUGAGCAACUAGAAAAUGAGUUGAAUAGUAAUUCUGGCUAUGAUGAGGAUAUGCAAGAAGUAUGGAGGGCUAUGGAUGAAUUGGAGAAAGCUCGGAAAAAGGUUUUUAAACGUUCCAGAAAAGUUACCAUCUAUUGGGGUGAUAAUCGUGAUGAAGGUAUUGUUUUAGAAGAUACUGAAGUAGCAGAGUUAGGUUUGAAUCAACCAACAAGAGCUGUCGUUAAACUUAUCAUGAUUCUUGCUGAGAAAUGUUCUGCAUUCAAUUUGAACACAAAAUAUAUUAUGCCAGGAGACAACACCAAGUAUCCCGAUGCCAGAGUUAAAUUGGACAAGGAAACUGUUGAUCAAUUAGUAACCACCAUCAGAAAAUGUAUUCCGUGUUUGUCUAAGAAGAUUUCUGUUACUGAGAUCAAAGAACAUAUUGCCUCUGCCUUCAAACAAUUAAGAAGCAAAGUAGAUAAAAUGGUUGAUGAUGAUGAAUAA